GCGGUGCAGGUGCUCUGUCUCUUCGGGAGAGGAUGCGGAUGGAAGGACGGGGGAGGGAAGGGAUGAAGGGAAACGCCACGAGGAAAGAAAAUAGGAUAUGAGAAAGGGAUUUUGCUAAGAGACCGUGUGGUGCAAGGUCGAAUAUGAGAGAUUGGUUGAACGGGGCACUUUGCGUGGUAAUAGCUGGUCGGCAAUAGUACUAUGAUUUGGUAUGUGGCCACUCUGAUAGCAAGUGUAUUCAGCACCAGAGGAACGGCCGCUCAAGGUGCCCACGGAGUGAGAGAGGAGCCCCGGUUUGUGACGGCGCGCGCCGGAGAGAGCGUGAUCCUGGGGUGUGACGUGUCCCCUCCCCUGGACGGCCAGCAGCCCCCCUAUGUGGUGGAGUGGUUCAAGUUUGGAGUGCCUAUUCCCUUCUUCAUCAACUUUCGCUUCUACCCUCCUCAUGUGGAUCCAGAGUACACUGGUAGAGCUUCUCUGCAUGGGAAGGCCUCCCUGCAGAUUGACCCUGUGCGCUCCGAAGACCAGGGCUGGUAUGAGUGCAGGGUCCUGAUGCUGGAGCAACAGUACGACACCUUCCACAACGGCAGCUGGGUACACCUCACAGUCAAUGCCCCACCUACAUUUACAUCGACGCCACCGCAGUAUGUGGAGGCAAAAGAAGGUGGUAGCACUCUUCUUAGCUGCUCUGCCCAGGGAAAUCCUAAACCAAUGAUCAGCUGGCUGAGGGAGGGGGAGGAGCUUGCAACCAACACAAAAUAUUCGGUACAUGAUGGCACUCUAACCAUCCUUGGCAUCACUAGAGAUGACAGAGGGGCGUACACAUGUCGAGCCUACAGUGACCAGGGAGAAGUGCUCCACACUACCCGUCUGUUGGUUCAAGGGCCUCCAUACAUUGUCUCACCACCGGAAAAUGUCACUGUAAACAUAUCCCAGAAUGCACUCUUCACCUGCCAAGCGGAGGCAUAUCCUGGCAACCUGACCUACACCUGGUUUUGGGAAGAGGACAACGUCUACUUCAAGAAUGAUCUGAAGCUCAGAGUGCGCAUUCUCAUCGAUGGCACCCUUAUCAUCUUCCGGGUCAAGCCAGAGGAUGCUGGGAAAUACACCUGCAGUCCGAGCAACAGCCUCGGUAUCUCGCCCUCAGCAUCAGCCUACCUGACUGUUCAGUACCCUGCACGAGUGAUUAAUAUGCCCCCGGUCAUAUACGUCCCACGGAAACUGCCAGGGAUCAUCCGUUGCCCGGUGGACGCCAACCCACCCGUGACAUCUGUAAAGUGGGAGAAAGACGGCUACCCUCUCAGAGUGGAAAAGUACCCUGGUUGGAGCUUGAUGCCAGAUGGAAGUAUCCGUGUGGCAGAGGCCACAGAAGACUCCCUGGGCACCUACACCUGUGUGCCUUACAACGCCCUGGGUACCAUGGGCAAGUCCCCCCAUGCCACUUUGGUGCUAAAGGAUCCCCCUUACUUUAAUGUGAGGCCUGGGGGGGAGUACCGUCAGGAGGCUGGGAGAGAGUUAGUAAUCCCAUGUGCUGCUUCUGGAGACCCUGAUAUACCAACUAUCACCUGGAGAAAGGUGGGGAAGCCAAGCAGGAGUAAGCACAACAUCCUACCCAGUGGCAGCUUACAGUUUUUGUCCCUCAGCAAGGAGGACCAUGGAGAAUGGGAGUGUGUAGCCACUAAUGUGGUCACAAGCAUCACUGCCAGCACGCGUAUCCUAGUCAUCGGCACCAGCCCACAUGCUCCUGGUAAUAUCCAUGUAUUACCCUCGACAACCUCUGCUAAUGUGUCCUGGGAACCAGGUUAUGAUGGCGGCUUCGAACAGACAUUCUCUGUGUGGUAUGGCCCAGUGUCAAAAAGAAUAGACUUCGGGCCUCAUGACUGGCACUCGAUGCCAGUUUCUGGUGCUCAGACCUGGUUGGUGGUGCCAGGGCUGGAGCCUGGGACAGAGUACCAGUUCAGUGUGUUGGCACAAAACAAACUGGGCACUGGCCCAUUCAGCGAAGUUGUGACAGUCAACACUGCAGGCUCCCCUCUGGGUACCCCAGAACCACUGGUGCUUCUUACUCCACCACGGUGCCUCACAGCCAAUCGCACGCAGCACGGUGUCCUCCUCACAUGGCUCCCUCCAGCCAACCACUCCUCCCCCAUUGACCGUUACAUCAUGGAGUUUCGUCUAGGGGAGAGGUGGGAGGCCCUGGAUGACCAGAUCCCAUCCACAGAGACGGAGCUCAUCGCCAGAGACCUCGUUCAGGAGUCCUGGUAUGAGUUUCGAGUGAUGGCUGUCAUGGAUGACCUGAUCAGUGAGAGUAGCAACGUAGUGGGAGUGUCUAGCACAGAUCCCUUCCCCCACCCAGAGGUAGCUGAAGAGGGGCUGGCGCGGCCUGUGGUGGCUGGUGUUGUGGCAACUAUCUGUUUUCUUGCAGCAGCAGUACUGUUUAGCACUCUAGCAGCUUGCUUUGUGAACAAGCAACACCGUCGCAAACUCAAGCGUAAACCAGAUCCUCCCUUGUCGGUGACACACUUCAGGAAAAGCAUAGAGUCACCGCCUCCUCUCACCCCCUUGCCAGGGGUAGAGCCCUGCUGGGAUGAGCCUGCCAGGAGCAGUUUCUUGCCCCCGCCCGCCAGCCCCCUAUUAUCAUCUGGGAAGAUAAGUCCAGAGAGCUCCCCUCCAUCUCGGCCCCGCUCUCUUUCUUCAGAGGGUUCCCACGGUCCAGGCCUGUACGUCAGGAAGCUGCCUAGCCCUCAGAGAGAAAAAGAAAAAGAGCUCUCCUUCUACAAAAAAACCAAGCGUGCCAUAGCCAGCAAGAAAUACAGCGUGUCUAAGCAUGAGGCAGAGGUCACCACGCCUAUUGAACUGAUAAGCCGCGGCCCUGAUGGCCGCUUCGUUAUGGAGAGCCCACCACCCCGGCGCAUCCAGGGCUUCCCCUUCGCAGAGGAGUCUGACAUGUACCCUGAGUUCCGGCAGUCUGAUGAGGAGAAUGAUUUUGACCCUGGGCCUCUGCCACCCAUCAUGCCCACGUUGCGGCCCCAGCUCUCCCCAACGUCCUCCAGCCUGGAGUCAACGCAGCCCCCCACCUACAGCCCCCGCCUUCACAGGCCCAUGGAAGGUAUGAGCUUUGCAGAGGGCAGUGCACUUCACGCCUCAGGGCAGGCCCCAGCCUCCCGCUACAGGGGCUUUCCCCAGGGCCCGUUCUAUGGGUAUCUAGGCAGCCGAGGUGAAUCAGGGAUACCGCCACCAUUCUACAUGCCUGACAUCAGCCCGCGUAGCUCUGCUCUAUCCUCGCCCCCAGGCACCGCUGAGGGGCCCUUUGGUUACCCCUCUAUCCCCGAGGAGAGUGGAGAGAUGGAGCACCAUCAGUACACUGCCUCUGGCCAUUCUCUGUCUCACACACACAGCCCUCCUCCUCAUUCACCUGAAAGCUGGCAGCCUCAUGAGCUACCCUUCCUGGGUCUAGAGGGUCCACGGUUCAUAUACCCACCUCACCAUACUUUACAUCAUCCCCAGGACCUCCCCGACCCACCCCCAUAUCCCCCACACUCUCUCCCGCCCAGUCGCCUGCACCUUCCUCCCCUAAAGGAUCCAACAAGCCCUGGACUCCUGCAGCUGGAGGUCCCUGUGGCUCCCCCAGGCAGAGACCGGCCCCCGGGGCCACCGGUUAGGCGUUUAGCUAUGCAACAGGCCCAGAGUCUCGGCCAGCUCAGACACACGGCCCACGGUGUGGGUGUACCAGUGUUGCCUUACCCUGACCCGGCAGCCCGUGCAGGGAGCCCAAGCACAGCCCCUAGUAGUAGCCCUCAGUCCUGGCUCAGCCCGAGGGUGGGGCGCCGGGCAGACCCCAGCCUACCCCCUCUAGUCCUACAACCCUCCCGGCUCUCUCCACUCUCCCAAAGCCCACUUAGCACCCAGCCAGGUUCCCCAGAUAUUCUAGUGCGACCCCCUCCACGACCCAGCAUCCUCCGCACCUCUCGGUCUCUGGAGAUGCCUGAGAUCACCCUGCAGCCCUCGGCCGCUGUCGGUUUCUCCCGGAGGUCCUCCUUGACAGCCUCUCCCACUCAGAGCCAGGGCGCCAAGCUACCCAGCCCCAGUUACCACGCCCACAUGUCCUAUGCCUCCACUGCAGCCAGUUACCCCUCUCAGUCUCCCUCUCCCCCUCCUGAGGGCAGGGAUGUUUUCGGGCAGAGGCCAUCCCAGAGAAGGACAGAGGAGGAGAUGCUACCCUCAGAGCCCUCUCAGCUCCAGAUAUCAGCCUCAGGCUAUCUGGGCAGCGGUUGUUGUGGACCCGGUCCCCUACGCCGCAAUAGGGAACCUCUAGGUGCGUCUAGUGAUCCUGCCGGGUCUGAGAGCUUACCAGCACUGCUACACCACUGCAUUACUAAAGCCAAGGGAGUGGCUGCCAACAAUAAUAACAACACAACCUCCGGAAGGAGAACAGGUGUGUCUCCCUCUCAGACCCAGCAGCAAUCUCAGACACCCCAAGAGGGAGAGGAUCUCGACUUCUACAGAAAGAGGAAAAGGCAAAAUAAGAAGAACCCCUAUCUCUAUUUGACCUCCCUCCUGCACCGCAGGCAGUCUGAGGAGGACCAGACAGGCAUUCUGGCCAGUGCAGACUCUGAGGGCCCAAAUUAUGGGACUCUACGCUGACCCAUGUGCCCACUACUGUCAGUGACAGGCCAAGCCAUUGGACUCGACGAAACUGACCUCCCCGCUCCAAAAACAACCCACCCCUAAACCCCCCCUGCUCCACCCCGGUCUCUGUAUCAAGCUAAUACGUUUCUUAUAAUCUCUAAAGUUCAUCGUUGUUUGGGGGACGGGAAACAUGAAGCUGAAUACUCUGGGGUUGGAGAUCUUAUUUAAAGAUAAGAACAAUGGCUUUUCUGAUUUAUCACCACUACUUGUCUCUGAGGAAUUUCACUUGAAAAUGCUCUGAAAAUAUAUAAUGUAUAUAAAUAGUAAAACAAGGGAAUUAAGCUUCCUCCUACAGUAAUAAAAAUGUGUUGGUUGAGUAUGUCACAACACGUUAAAAUUUUUUCACUCACUGGUCAUCGAGGGGUCCAUAUCUUUAGGUUUUUCAGUGAUACAGUGUACUGUUAAGCCUGGUGCGUCCUUGGACAGGGACAUGAGUCUACCUUUCCUACAAUACAAAUAGUGUCAGUAUUUAACACAGGGUUCUUACCACAAAAUAUACCUCAGAGUAAACGCAGAGUUGCUGUAAUUCUUGUGGUAUACUGUACGUACUUGACCUUUUUACAUAUGAAACGUAUGGAUAAAAAGGUUUAUAUCACACGCCACACUCAUUCAGACAGAUAAUAUGGCCUAACCUUGCCUAAUUUAGAAGCUUUUUAUUCUCAGUAAUAGCUGGCAUAUGUUCAUUUUGAUUUAAUAUCCAAUGCCAAUUAGAAAACAGUGUCUUAAUUUUUUAGUGCUCGAUGGCUUAGUGUCUUUACACUCAUCAUUCUGGCACAGCAUUAAAACAAAGACCAUAGCCUUCAUGAGAACUCUCAAAAUAAUUUGGGACUUUACUGCUCAACAGAGGUUGGACUUGUAGGAUUAGAAGAACAGGGUGAUGAAUUGUGAAGUGUACUGUAGUAUGUAUUUCAUUAUUAAGGAAUCAUUUGUGAUGUGGCACAUCUUAAGGUGCCUUUUUUUGCCUUUUCUCUCUUGUUUUUCUUGCAUAAGAAUCAACUGCCUUUUCCUUCGCCUUCUCAUAUUUGUCUCUUUGGGUGUGAGGGACUCCAACAUUUUGUGUGUUUUACUUCUUUUUCUGCCAAGGACACAUAAGAGAAAAUGGAUACAGAGGAUGCAUAGCUCUUGUUUUUCUUUUUUUCUUUUCUUUUUUUAACAUAUACACUUUAAAUCUGUACCUGCUUCAACUGUGCGUAUCCAAGAGAUAGGACAUAGCCUGUAAAAAUAAAAGUCUGGCUUGUGUUUCCUGUACUGAACAUAAGAUUUAAAACAGUAAAUAAAUCAUUAAGUAGAAAUGCAGUGGAAAAGUACAGGAGCACUACAGGAGUUUUCAUGCAGAAAGAACAAACUACUAUAGAAAGGAUGUUAAUGUUUAACAGCAGCUGUUAGAGGAGAAUGUGAUUGCUUCAUAAAAUUGCUGUCAAAUACUAGAAGCAAUGGAAAACAUUUCAAUAAUGGCCACCCUGACUGUUUAUCUUUUAACAACUGUAUAUUACUUGCUAGCUACUUCUACUGCGUGUUUGUUAAUUUUUGACACUAACCGAUAAUGAAUGUAUGUUUUGCUGUACAGGAAAUGAAUGUCCCGAUGUCACAGUACAUUGAAUGACACCAUUACGUUGUUUAUAGACGACCAGUUGGCACAUGAAGUCCAAAUUGUUCAACUUCUCUCUGUUUUUCCUGUAUGAGGUGGGCCCAAACCAAUUCUGAGCCAAGUUCCCCUUUGUUCUGCCGGCUACAGAAACAACUCUUUUUCAUUCUGUUGUUAAAGCUGAUUCAAUCAUUUAAAGACAUAUCAAAUAAUUUUCCAUCUGCUACUAGCAAAUCAGAGGUUUUCCAACUACUAUCCACAUGAAUGAAUCGACUCAAUGUCUGCUUAAUGAAAUCUCUUUUGACAAGUGAGAAAGUGAUGAUUGCCUGUAAGUGAGAAAUGAAUGCGCCAAAGUGCGUAUUCUACUUUAACUAAUUGGUUUCAUGUAUGAUACAAGGAAAAAAAAACUCUAUAUUUGUUAUGUACUGUACAUGGUGUGUAUUGUAUUUGUAAAGAUUAAUCAAACCAUGUUUUACAGGAAAACAUUCUUGUACAAGGAUGUAUGAAAAGAUGGGAGAAUCCCAAGGAAAAGAAAUUAGAUUAUAUAUAAAAGUAUUUGCUUACAGUACGGCUUUAAGUGGAUAAUGUUUUUAAAACAUUUUAAGGUGCCUCAUUUGUCAUACUUUAGCAGACAUUAUUUUAUCUGAGAAGAAAAGUAACUUUAAUGUUAGUACCGUACAAUGUAUUAUUGCCAUAGCCCGCUGGCUGCACAAGUUGAGUAGUAUUUUCUCUGAUGUAUAGUUCGUGAAUGCCCAUUGGAAAAGCUUUAGAAGCAGAAGUGUGUUGCCCUCUAUAAUAUUUCUGGAACAAGUAAUACUGUAUUUUGCCCGUUCAUGAGCACACAUGUAGAUUCACUCCAGAUCUCUUCGCCUUCAGGUGUCCAAAGCAAAUAAACUGAAGGAAACUUUUUUCUAAGAGUCACAGACAUGCUAUAGUCAUGUACAAUACGUGCUGUGGAGAAAAUUGUGUUUACAUUAGUUUGAUAAAGAAAAGUGUGUUAGGGCAUAGUUGCUUUGAACAUUACAACUUGGUGCUAUGUUUAACUUUGUGGUGCUGUAGAAUAGAGGUCUAAAGAUUUUUUUGUUUUGUUUUGUUUUGUUUUGUUUUGUUCAUUUUCCACAAGCAACUCUUCAGCCCUUUGUGUUCGAGCAACUAAAUUAGCUCUGGUAGACACUAGGUCCUUAUCAUAACAGUAUCAUGUGUGAUGACAGUGAUAGACAAUACUGGAAAAUAGUAGUAUAUCCUCAAAUUAUAGACACUUGUGAUGCUACUUUCAAAUGAACUCAAGAUGACCUGUUUUUAUAGUGUGUUUGCAAUGUCUGUCUGUGCUUCCAAGGUACCCUCUCUAAAGUAUAUUUGUGAUGAUAUUGACAAUAUUAACCCAGCCUAAAAGGAGAAACAUACCGUAAUUGUCACCACUGGUAAUCUAAUUUAGAUUAGUACACGCCAUAGGACACAUGGGAAGGAAUCUGAGAGCAUCGUCAGGUCAUGAGGGGAUAUUUUCUACACAUACACUUCCCGUAAGUCUACAGUCUUUGGUUAACAGCACUGUUUUUCAAGCACACUACUGCAGGGGCGUAACAGUCUCACGCCAUCUCACCACCCUCUGAAGGUAGAGCCUACUAGUACUGUACAGUAUAGCCAUGAGUAGUCAUCAGACCACCUUUGUAUUUCUUAUCGGUGAAGGUAUUUGGGAAAGCUGUUAACUCAUACAUCCUCUCCAUGGGUUUUUCGAAUGGAUGUUGUCUUCCGGGCUCUUCUUUGCAUAUUCAACAGAAACAUGUACAGUGUUUUAAGAGGGCUGCUUUGGACGUACUGUUAGCUUUUUAAUUUUUUUAUAUUGUUUUUUUUUUGUUUGUUUGUUUGUUUUUUAUUUUGGUUUCCAAUUUCUUGCUUACAGCUUUUAGUGCAUCACUAGGUGCUGAUAGGAUGAUAUUUAGAACUGAUUUGAUUUUUUAUUGUAUUAAUCUUGCAUGUAGAGACAAUACAAAACGCCUAUUUAGCAAUCAUUCAUGGACAUCCGAGCUGGUUGUUAUUGGACGGAAAAUAGAAUAUGUAGUAUUUUCUAUAUUCUCUGUUUUUUCAUGUGUACCAGCACUGAGAAACUAGAAUGUAUUAUUAUCGUAGGCUACAAUAAGCACUACAUUGUUGACUGUUUUAGCUAAUGCUCAUACUCAAGCAAACCAAGUAGUGCUUAAAGGACGAAAAUUUACUACAUUUCAUUUCAUUUUCAUCCACUGAACUCUGUGCUGUACAUCACAUGUUUACAUUCUGUAUUCUGUACAUUGUUUUGUCAUUUAUUUGUGUAUAUGUUCCCAUAUUUUUUCAGUUUCAUUCAACAAUGUUCAUAUGUAAAUAACUCAAAGCAAAGACAUUUUUUUACUUUUCUCUGUUUUAUUAAAACAAUAACCUGAUGUUUUCUCUUUAAUUUUUUUUUUAGACUUGUCAUUCUUUUCUGUCACUACAUCAGGUAUUACGCUUCACUUAACUUUUUUGUGAGCAAUUAACUCAUACUGUAUGGUGCUGUACCAAAGCCUUAUGUAUAAUAUUUGUAUUACUUUUUUCUCGUUCGCCACUGCUGUCCAGUGAAUUCUGUAUCGUCUGAGAUCAUGUCUUACUCACUCUUCAUGUUCAACUGCCAUGGGUCUCGUUUCUUUGUAAUAAACAGAAACCGAAUGAACUAAAAAUGUAAAAGCUCCUGGGCCUGAUAACAACUGGCCUGGAUAGUGACAGUCGCCAAGCCUUUUAGGGAAAACGCACAGGCUCACUUCUGGUGGCUCCUCAUGACGUAGACAUGGGCCUAGCACAUGAUCUAUGCUCUAUCUAUGGCAUGUCUGUGAGAAUAUGAAAGCAGUGUUGUAUUCAUGUCACCAUAUCAUUUCAAAUGCUUAGUCCCAUACAAAAUUUUCCUCUCAAAUUUUUGUAUUUUGAUAUAAUAAAAAACUCAAAAGAG